AUCAAUUGACAAAAAUAUUACAACAGUUGAAGAUAUAUAGUGAAUAUGGCAACAUUAACCAAAAUCUUGUUCAUUUCUUUUCUUUUCCUUUCAAGUGUAUUUCUUGCAAGAUCUGGAGAAGUUGAUGACGAGAGUGAGUUUAGUUACGAUGAAAACGCAAAGAAUGGACCAGCUAACUGGGGCAACAUUCAUCCAGAAUGGAGCACUUGCAAUACUGGAAAACUGCAGUCUGCAAUUGAUCUUCUUAACGAAAAGGUUCAAGUUGUAUCAAAUUUAGGAAUACUUCAAAAAUACUACAAACCAUCCCGUGCCACUCUCUUGAACAGAGGACAUCAUAUGAUGUUGAGAUGGGAUGAUGGAGGAUACUUGAGGAUAAAUGGAACUCAAUAUCAACUCGAACAAAUUCAUUGGCACACACCUUCCGAACAUACUAUCGAUGGAAAAAGGUUUGAUAUGGAGGCUCAUUUGGUACAUGAAAGUAAUGAUGGAAAGAUUGUUGUCAUUGGAAUCGUCUACGAGAUUGGAUUAUUGCCUGAUUUUUUCCUAUCCAUAAUAGAGAAGGAUUUAAAAGCUCUUGUUGAUAGAAAAGGCACUGAAAGAGACAUUGGAAUAAUUAGUCCAAAUCUAAUGAUAAUUGAUGGCAGAAAAUAUUACAGGUAUGUUGGCUCCCUAACAACACCACCUUGUACUGAAGGCGUUGUUUGGACUAUUGAUGAGAAGGUUAAAACUGUAACGAAAAGACAAAUGAAACUGCUCCGAGAUGCUGUUCAUGACGAAUAUGAAACCAAUGCCAGACCAGUUCAGCCAUUAAACGAACGUUCUAUCAAAUUCAACAAACCUUGGCCUCUUGCUUAGGGGAGUGUUCAUUAACGUCCCCAAAAUGUACUUCUAUCUUUCAUUAAUAAUUAUCUUCAUGUCUAGGAAUAAAUAUGAUUUUAUGUUAGGGGUGGCGUGGUGGGGGCGAGGCGAAUUGAGCCUUGAGUAGAGACAAUCAAUAUGAAAUGUCACUUAA